CCCGCCUCCCUUCACCCAAUCCAGGGAACUUUUUAACCAGGCUUCCCGGCUAUUUUAAAACUCUGGUGCUUCAGGCUAUUUCCUGUGGCUGCUAACACCGGGGAGAGUAAGAAAGGACUCGAAAUUCAACUGCAGUAAAAAUCGUCUCUCCAGGCAGUGUUCACAUGCUCCAGACUCAAGCGUUUAGCUGGGCCAAGCUGGUUAAGCAAACAAACUGCAGUCAUUUGAAUGCAAUGAUUAACAGGAAGCGGAGAGAGCAGGCAGUUACCACCAGCCUUUCACGGAGAGAAGAGGCUUGACUCAGAGUUUCAGAGCAAUGCAUCGCCCAAAGAUCACUGAUAGUGAUUUUCCUGUGGGGACAGGUAGGGUCACUGGCCCCAGGAGCCUCCCUGGGGUGUGGCAAUUUUGUGUAGUAAUGGGUUGUAAGUUGGUUGGAGGCUGGGCAAUGGAGCUGCAACGGAAGUCUGUCCAUUAAAAAUGAAAAUAUAAGCAAGCUAGGAAGAGGGAAGGGAGAGGAGAAAGGACCAAGGAGCUUCUCGAGGCUCAUCAGAAGCGCAUCCAGGUGGGACGAUGUCCAGACUUGGAGAAAAUGUAAGUUAAAGGAAGCUUCGCUCCUCAUCCCAUCUCUAAAGACAUUUGGCUGGUUUCCUGGAAAAUGGGCUCCUGGAACUACUGUCUUUUUGGUCUGUCUCUUCUUGCUGCCUUGACGUUUGUAUUUAUUUACAACAGCAAACUGUGGGUGAACAAUCACUUCCCAAGGGCAAUUGCCAAUGUGUCAGUCUUAGCAGAAGUCUGUUUUCAAAUGUUCCGUGGGGAGAGUUUGUACACAGCAGACAGCCCAAGGAAAACAACCCUGGAAAACUUCACCUGUUCUGAGUACAGGGUUCAGAAUCACUACAUAACAGAAACUCUCUCUGAAGAAGAAGCUGGCUUCCCUUUGGCAUUCACACUGACCAUCCACAAAGAUUUUGACACUUUUGAGAGACUCUUCAGGGCGAUUUACAUGCCCCAGAACAUCUACUGCGUGCAUGUGGAUAGGAAGGCGCCGGAGACCUUCAAAGAUGCUGUCCAGCAGCUACUAAGCUGUUUCCCCAACGCCUUCCUGGCCUCUAAGAUGGAACCUGUAGUCUAUGGUGGCUUCUCCCGGCUCCAAGCUGACCUGAACUGCAUGAAAGAUUUGGUGGCCUCCGAGGUCCCAUGGAAGUAUGUCCUCAACACCUGCGGGCAGGACUUUCCCCUGAAAACCAACAAGGAAAUCGUUCAGUACCUGAAAGGGUUCAUUGGGAAGAAUCUCACCCCGGGAGUGCUGCCUCCAGCUCAUGUAAUCGGAAGGACCAAGUACGUCCACCAGGAACUGUUAAAUCAUAGAAAUCCCUACGUGCACAAUACAGCAAGAUUAAAAGCUCCCCCUCCUCACAAUAUGACCAUUUACUUCGGCACUGCCUAUGUGGCCCUCACCCGUGAGUUUGCUAACUUUGUCCUCAAAGACCAGCGCUCAUUGGACUUAAUCUCCUGGUCCAAGGACACCUACAGUCCUGAUGAGCAUUUCUGGGUGACACUCAAUAGGAUUCCCGGAGUUCCCGGCGCCAUGCCAAACGCAUCCUGGACGGGCAACCUCAGAGCUGUAAAGUGGAAUGAUAUGGAAGCUCAGCAUGGAGGCUGCCAUGGUCACUAUGUACAUGGCAUUUGCAUCUAUGGAAAUGGAGACUUAAAAUGGCUAGUGAAUUCACAAAGCCUAUUUGCUAACAAAUUCGAGCUCAACACGUACCCUCUCACUGUGGAGUGCCUGGAGCUGCGGCUUCGAGAGAGAACCCUCAAUCAGAGUGAAACUGCCAUACAACCCAGCUGGUAUUUUUGAUCCGCAGCAGCUCUGGCCUGAUGGGAAAUCAAAGGCGUAAAGAAGAGCCUUCCUCUCCAAGAGACUCCUGCCUUGGCUAUGCUGGAGGCUUCAAAAACGGGUUUCAGGAAAAUAUCAGGACUUGGCUUCAUGGCUAUGCUUAAAAUAUCCACUUGGACACUGUGAUACAUUCACUGACCAGAUGGCUGGGUGCAGCCGUCCUGGUGUUUUUAGCUAGCCUGGCCAUUUCAUUUGAAUGUCUUUCCUUCCUCUUCCACCUCUUCUUCUUUUCUUCUUUUUUAAAGACAAGCUCUUGCUAUAUAUCUCUGGCUACCCUGGUUCUUGCCAGGUAGCCCAGAAUGGCCUUGAACUCAGUUCUCCCACCUCCCCACCCCCACCCCACCCUGCAAGUGCUGCUGUUCCAAGUGUGUACAACCACACCUGGCUCUGAUGUCUGGCAGUCACUUGAUGCUCAUCUGCCUCUUAGUCUACUUGCUGUGGUCGAUGAUAAAUUUAAUUGCAGCGGUUCUCUGUGCCAGAUACUCAUAUUAGUAUAUCCUGCCAGAAAGGAGAAUGGUGGGAAUACUGUCUAAGACUAUCAACCCUUGGUUUAUUUGAGGAGGAAGCUUCAUACCAUCUUGGUAGCAACUAUGCAUUCAACCAUACAUAGGCAUAGAGAGAGCUUUCUAGUAACUCCCCACUUUCAUUUAAUCAAGGACUUGAUUGGAGGUGGUGGUGCAUGCCUUUAAUCCCAGCACUUGGGAGGCAAAGGCAGGCAGGUCUAUGAGUCCAGCCUGGUCUAUAUAGAGCCAGUUCCAGGACAGCCAGGGAUCUACAGAGAAUCCCGGUCUUGAAAAACAAAAGACACGCACACAAAAGGAACUGAUCUCAAGGAGCUGAGGAACGAUAGAGUACCGUGUCUGAGCAUUUGACUGACAUGUGUGGACUUGGGCUUUGUCUCCAGCAGCACAGACGGCCUGUGAACACUGACAUUUUCAGUUUACUUGUGUCUGAAGUUGUGCUUACAGUACAAAGCCAUGAAGUGACAGAACAUGCCCUUAAGACAGGAGCCACUCUGUGGCGGCAAGAAGAGGACCUCAGGGAUGCCGAGCAUUUUCAUGUUCUGUUCCAGAAUGUUCGUGGAGAACACUGAAACAUCCUCACAGGAAUGAGGGAACUGUUUUCUUUCCCACAGGAAAGGUGCUAUUUUGUGGGUCUGGAACCUGUGAGUAACUCACUUCUGGGGUUCCGUUUCUAUAUGAGAGAUAGGAACCCAGCUCUGUUGUACACAGCUUUAACCACACCAGGAAGGCAUCCAGGUAGCUUGCAAUGAUUGGUGCUGACAAGAGCUCGUGGAUGCUUAAGAGCUUUCGAUUGUAGGUGGACAUCUGUGUCCUUUCUCACUCACUAACUCACUCACUCACUCAUUCAUUGACUCAGCCUGCAUUCACUAAAUGCCUCUUGAACAUCUGUGAUCCUCCAGACACAUGUUGACACAAGAGGGUCACACGUUGACACAAGGUAUUUUCUCCGCUAUAACACUGGGGAGUGGUGUCAGCUUUGGAAACCCUGCUCUAGAGUCUUAGAAAAUGGCUACACUGCACAGGUGCCCUGUUCUGGCUGCAUAUUCCAUCAGGCCAGAGGGAUCAGUAAUUACAGCCAGAUUAAUCCACAGACAUGGGGGCAGGAGGAAACGUAAGCUAAAGCCUGUUGGUCCCCACCAGCUCCUUCUUGUCUCAUUUAUUCAAAACUCACACCUCUCUCGAGGGUGACGUGAGUAGCUGCAUCUUGCAGAUGAUGUCACAAGCCUUAGGACGGCUAAUGACCAUGAGGAAACAAAUUCUAAGAAUUUAGGCUGCUCCUCACAGCUCAUUUCCUUAGGGUUGUCGAGAGGAGGUCAAAUAAAGCCAUAUUUAAUAUCUCCAGAGAAGGCAGAGUUUAAGAAUGGACUCAGUGUUAAUUUGGAGAAAAAAAGUUCUGUCAUUCAGAAAAAAUGUGAGGUCAGGACUCAGCAAGUGCGGGUGCUUGCUGCCAAGCCUAACAAUGCAAGUUCAAUUCCUGCAACCCACACAAUGGAGGGAGAGAGUUCCCUCCCACAGUUACUGUCUGACCCCAGCACACAUGUUGUUGCACAUAGUCACUCCCUAACACACAAAUGAAUAGAUAUAAUUUUUAAAAAUGUGUUCAUAAAUAUUUAUUUGUUCUAAUGAAAAAAAAAAAACGCUUGCUUUAAAUGACGUCACUUACCACAAUGUCAUUCUUGUGCUCUAAUUGUGCCUGCUGCAUUUAAUCAUCUUUAAAGGGAAUCAUUUUCAUGUAAAACUUUUUUUUCCUUCUACUGAAAAACAAAUGGGAUUGUGUCGAGUAAUAAGGGGUCAAAAGGUAGGGAUGCACUUGGUCACGGGGAAGUCUAAGACGGGUCUCUUUUUUAUGUUAUUUGGAUGGUAGCACCUGAAAAGAAAUGUUUUACACUGGAUCUCUCAUGGAAAAUGAGAAAAUUUUCUGGAAUAGAAGUUUACAUGCCUAUUGCUGGUCCCCUCUUUGUCGUACAGACUGUAAUAUUGGAAGAGAGCAGCAUUUGAGCCAGUAAGCUAGCUGUGGGGGUCCCUCCCGCAUCUACGGGAUCUGUUUUGCUGUUGAUGUUUUCUGUUUUUGUUUUCUUGGGAAUAAAGUAAUAUAUUGUUUUCCACCUCCA